GACAAGCCCAUCCCUUCAGGUCCCAAACAGGUUGCAUUACACACAAGGGUGGAGUUUUCCAGCUGGAAUCCACACCACACCUUCUGACUGUGUCCUUUGCGCGAAGACGCACCAGACUCUAUAUAACCGGACGGACUACACCUCGCUCCCCCACAGCUCGCCUGUUCUCUCUCCGUCCCGCUCCACGCACUCCGAUCGUCGGUCAUGUUUCGCUGUGGGAUCGCCUACCCCCGAUGCAGGUGGAUCUUGCCCCUGCUGCUGCUCUUCGCCAUUAUUUUUGACAUAAUCGCCAUCGCCGCCACCUCGGGAUGGGUCGAGGACGAGGACGCCAAGUCUCACUACGCCAGCAUGUGGGCCCAGUACCGAGGCAGGAACGACAACUGGGAGAGCAAGUCGCUCAUGGAGUUCUCUUGGGCCCAGGCAGUGGCUGCUCUGAUGAUCAUCGGCCUCCUCGUCCUCAUCGUCGCCUUCAUCGUCUCCUGUGUGGCUCUGUGCUGCACGCUCAACAUCCCUCUGCUGCCCUUCAUAGGAGUGCUGCUGAUCGUUGUCGUGGUUCUCCAGGUCAUCGCUCUCAUCAUCUACCCCGUCAAAUUCAACGAGCUGAUCUUCGAGGGCAACUAUUACUACACCUGGGCCUACGGCUUCGGCUGGGGCGCCACCAUCCUCUGCAUCGGCUGCUCCAUCCUCUUCUGCUGCCUGCCACGCUAUGAGGAUGAGCUGAGUGGCCUGGCCAAGACCAAAUACAUCUACUCCUCUGCUUAGGGACACAACCUGCGCACCCACCCAGUUACAGCCAUUUUCGCUCUGUGCCAGAUGUGUGCUGACCGUUGAACAUUUUUACACUGUACCAUUUCACCAAAGAUCCAUGACGGCUCAGUUCAGUUAAAUUAGGUCUGGCAGUGGGAAAACUCUCCUCCACCAUCCGAGAGUGAAGAAGCAGGGGCAGAUUCCUGCUGGAAGUGGACUGUAAUUGGAUUUCGCAUCUGUUAAUGUACAGACCUUUAUUUUAGAUUAGUCAGCAUCAUAAUAUUUUUUUAACCACUGUGUUUGUUCACAUUCUGCAUAUUGAGUGAGAAACAUAUUCCUUAUGUUAUCUGUACUUUUUACCUGUAACUCUCAAUGCAAGAUAACCCAAGUGCACUUAACCCAAGGGAUGUAAUUAUGUGUAAAGCUGAACUUUACCCUGAUUUUUGAUGUAUGAACAACUCAUACAAAACAUAAUGCACAGGAUGCAAAAAGAAUUGUUAAUCAUCAUUUGGUUUUGUUAGUUUUUCUCUCAGUUCUUAGGUGUGUGUCGUAUUCGUAUUCGUGCAUAAGAUGAGAUGGAAGCUCGGAAAGCCUGGACUCAGAAGCUGAAUGUAAUCUAUGGAAAUGUACCUGUAGUUUAACAGUUGUGUUUGCACCUUUUUUUUAUCAUUUAUUUUUAUGAUAAAUCUGCUGUUUGUCUCCAGAUUUUUUUUUUUUAUUUUUUUUUUUGCUCUUGUUUACUUUUUCCAAAGGGGUAUAACUGUGGGAGUUUGCUGUGCUGUCUUUGUAUCUGUUCUAAACACUACUAAUAAUACAAUUCAUAAACUGGACGCAGUGGUGCGAUGGUUGAUUGACUUUGCUGCAGUUUUUCAUUCUAAAUUGGAAGCAAAUUAAAUGAAUUUUCACUUGGCUUGAUAACCAUAAUGUGUCUCAUGCAUAUUCAGAAAACACUCUCCCACUCUUGAGUACUUAUUUUGUUCAUUUUGACCCUCAGUAUUUCUAACAUUCAAUUUUAGUGAUCAUUUAUUUGAGAAUGUAGUUGUUGAAAUGACAAAAAAAAAAUC